AUGCAAAAGAGAAUAGCCAUUGCUGUGAUAGACCGAUACACCGGUGGACCGGAUUACACUAAGCAGCGACAAGAGCUACUCGACGACUGGGAACAAGCGAAGAAGGCCGCGGAACUCAACAACGCCUUCCAAGAUGGUAGCAUUGUGUACCAACCGGGACUCUUAUGGGACAUCCCACGCCUCGCCAACUAUCGACAGACGAAUGAAGUAAACACCCCGGAAAGUUUCUCAGAAGAAGAAGCCAGGAAACUCGAAGAAGAAAACGAGACAGCCAUCAAACGGAUACAAGACGCCAUCAACUACACGAUGCAAAUUCGAAACAACAGCGAAGUUGGAGACACCCUCCAACACAUGCGGAAAACCCGAGACCGCCGCAUCGCACUACGCGGAAACACCCGAGGACAGUAUCAACUCAAGUACAAAGCAACCCAAUUUGUCUACCGACCCCAAAACGAUGGAAAGACGGAACGAACCCUCGCGGUAGCCAGCAAAUACGCCCGCAAAGCCACCGAGCAAUUGGAUGAAAUGCUGAGACAACAACAAUUCAGGGACGCCAGCACCCAGACCCGAGUAUACCAAGCAAAGGACAACCUAAGCCAACGAUGGAGCUCACCAUAUACCACGGUAGCCAGCGACUCGACCUUUGAAUUGCUACAAAGAACCCGCGCUACUCCUCAACCCAUCUCGGAAUAG